AUGAAACCACGUCUUGCGUACGACGACAAAGCCUGGGAAAGAGGAACGAUUAUCUACAAACGCUGGUAUGAAUAUCUCGGGGAAGACGAGCCCUUUAAUGCAGUUGGUCGCUUUCUUGCAACACAUUUUUAUCCUCGGGAAUGGUGCGAAUUUGAUAUCUUUUCGUUGGGUGGAUUCAAUAUCUGCUUUCGAAUGGGAUUUACCGAUAACACCACCACUAUUCUCAGGUUCCCAUUCCCUGGUAUUGUGAUGUUUCCCGAAGAGAAAGUCCACAAUGAAGUCAGGGCCAUGCAGUUCAUUUUGGAACAAACCCAAAAACCACACAAAAUUCCGGUUCCGGUGCCUUCUAUCUCUCGCUGGGGACAGAAGAAAGAGAGUCCCGCAAACCUAGGUCCUUUUAUCAUCAUGGAAUGUAUCGAGCACAAACAAAGUAUCUGCAGGCUUUUUGAGAAUCCGGACUCAGAUCCAACCGUCCGCUCAACUUUGAAUCUCAACCUCAACACAGUUAGGCUGGGAGGCCUCUACAAAAAAUUGGCCAAAAUUGUUCUUUCGCUAUCCAUUCUUACGCUCGAUAAGAUCGGGUCUAUUGAGCUUGACCCAAACAAUUCGAAGUGGAAGGUGUUGAAUCGGCCCUUGUCCUAUUCUAUGAAUGAAGUUGUGCAACUGGGAACAGUACCCCGAUCGAAAAUACCGAACAGCACGUACUCUGAAGCAUCUUCGUACUUUGACGCCCUGGCGGAACUGCAGCUUUCGCACCUCUUCAGUCAAAGGAACGAUGCUGUUGACUCGGAGGAUGACUGCCGGCGAAAGUUUGUGGCGCGACUUCUCUUCCGAAAACUCAUUCGAGACCAGAAAUUGAGAGAGAAAUGGUUGCGCCAUGAAACUGGCCCAUUUCCAAUCUGGUGCGAUGACUUUCGACCAGAGAAUGUUCUCGUCGAUGAAGCUGAGAAUAUUAUCGGGGUGGUGGACUGGGAGUUUACAUACACGGCCCCUGUCGAAUUUUCCCAUGCACCGCCUUGGUGGCUUCUUCUUGAAAAGCCGGAGUAUUGGCCUAUGGGCCUCGACGACUGGUGCAUACAAUAUGAUAAACGACUUGAAACAUUUCUUCAAGCCAUGAACGAUUGCGAGGAUGAGGCAAUUCGCGCUGGUCAACUGGAAGAGACUCAGCGUCUCUCUGGCCCAAUGCGAGACAGCUGGAGGAGCGGCAACUUCUGGAUCAUGUAUGCCGCUCGGAACCAUUUUGCAUUCGACUCGAUAUAUUGGCACAAAAUUGACCAGCGAUUUUUUGGACCGGCUCAAAGCAUUGACGCCGACGAUGUCUGGAAGGAGAGACUUCAUCUAUUGACACCCAAGGAAAAGGACUACAUUGAUGAAUGUGUAAAGCGGAAAUUUAAAGAGAUGGACACGAGAGAUCUUGCUUGGGACCCGGAUGAGUAUACUCGAGCAUACGAUUCUGAGUGGGUGGGUGGGAUGAAUGAGUAG